AUGAAAGCGUCGAGGAUAUCAGGUUGUCUUCAGGAUAUUGUAUGGCGCAAUAAAUAUCUAAACAUAAACAGCAAAGUUAGAAUAUAUAAGACAGCCAUUCGACCCAUCAUUACUUAUGCUGCGGAGACAAGACCAGAUACGGCAAGGACAACACAGAUGAUGAGUACGACAGAGAUGAGGAUAAUAAGGAGAAUACAUGGAAAGACUUUACUGGACAGGGUGAGAAACGAGGAACUAAGGGAAAGAAGCGGGAUUCAAGACGUGGGAAAGUUUGUGAGGCAGAGGAGAAAAUAUUGGAAUAAGCACAUAGAGAGAAUGUCGGACAACAGACUGGUGAAAGGAGCAAGGCAGAACAAACCCACGGGGAAGAGAACCCAGGGAAGACCACCGAAACGUUGGAAAGAAUGCUGGACGUCUACGUCGGAAGAGGCUGAUUAA